GUAUACUACAAAGACAUCUAUAGAUUUACUUAAAGCUGAUAACACUGAUAUCGCACAUAUGACCGGACUUCACUUUCUAGCCCUCACGACGCGACAGACCCACUUCCCUUUUCACUGAAAAUGUCUCAGAUAUUUUUGUGUUCUUGUUUCCAACCAAAAUGAAGUAGAACAACGUAUAGGUGAUAGCACAUUGUCUGAUAGGCGUUCGACGAGCUUACUGCAAGUUGAACUUGAUAUUAUUCUUUAUUAAGGAGAUCAAGCUUUACUUAGUUGCACAAAUGUAGCAGCUUCUUUCUAUUCUCCAAUUACUCUGGUGAGGGUGGCGAAGGCUGAAGGAUCAAUUCUAUAGUGUAUACUUUGCAUGUCUUUAUAGUGUUAAGGGGUAAAUAUGAGCCUUAUUGUGAUUUACUCUCCAGACUAUUAGCCCAAAGAGUGAGGGAAGCUGGUAAAAUUGAAUGCAGGCUGCAACAUAGCCCUAAAAUUCGCAGUACAAUGAGCCAAUGGAAGUUAAUGAUGUCAAGAAUGAAUUCAAUACGAACUUUUAUCCCUGCUAUCAUGCAUAGCGGCUUCAAUAUCGCAUAACACAAUGCUUCGAGAUCUGUCAUCGCGUCUAGAUAGGGAGAUUUGAAUGUUAUUUAUGGCACCAUGGGUAAGCAUAGCCUCUCGCUUUAUAAUGAAUUUGGCUUUUCUAUCAGAAAUAAUCUAGCAACUUAGAUAUGAUUCAGUAUAUUUAAAGAGACUUUCCACAUUUUUCGUUUCCUGCAUGUGAGUUAUACUUUUUUUCCCAUGCUAAUAACGUUAUGAAGGAAUUCUUAGCAAUUCCCUUAUCCCUAUCUUAACAUUAUUAUUCUUCUUUGUUUUUCUGCCCUCUUUACUGUUUGUCAUCUACCCUUCUGCUCCGUCUAUUCACACAUAGAGAAGGAUAUGAAGUUUCUUUUGUUUAACUAUUGCUUUAUUUCCCCAUAUUAAAUCCCUUUGGUCUUUUUCCGCUUUUUUCCUUUCGACGUCUUCACACUAGCAUUCUUAUCAUCAUACCACCAAAUUGAAGUUUUCCCUUGCGUUCAAGUCCACUCUACCGUCAACCUUUUGUUGCGCGAUCGAAUAAAUACUUGUUCACCUUCACUACUAAAGCUUGUCAAUUUGAAGUAUAAACGAAAAUCAAGAUUCUACGUUUGCACAGGAAAAAAGACGGGGAAACCCCUGUCUAAUUCCUUUUAAGUGUAUCUUUCUUUCCUAUUUUAAUUGUAGAUUCCCGUUUAUUCGAUUCAAGUUGUCCAUUCUCCUACUUAGUCAAGGUGCCUUAUUCAAUUCAGCCUACUGCAAAACAAUUCGUAGCACCCUUCGAGUCUUAGAAAUCCCCCGCAACGAGUACUCCUUUGUCGGUUUACUUUAAAUACUUUAAUAUCUUCUCAUUAUAAAGAGACCAAAUUAGAAUUAUCAUAUUCUGUAGCAGAAGAAUAUCAUCAUUUUAUUUGUUAUUGCUACUUUAGAUAAUCUGUAUAUCACACUGACUCUUUUUCUCGUCAGUCACGUGUGCGUUCGGUGUGCCCCGCCAUCUUAUUUGACGAAUAUAAAGCUGAAUUGUUCUUGAUGCUACAGGCCAGCGGUUUUGCACAUAAAAUAGUAAGCCAACAGCAACCAAUGGAUAAUUUGCUCUCUUUACCUUCAUAUGGGACGCAGAAUUUGGCUUCGUGUCGAGCCACUACACACAUCAAUAAACCGAGAGAUAUCCAGGCGGCAGCGAUCACCCCAUAUGCAGAUAGCACCAAUCAACACCGCCUUAGCAAUUCUCCCAGCGCCUACAUGAGUCCAUCUAACCUCAAUGGUGCCAUCGGAGCGGGUCCACAACACACCCCUGCUGGCCCCACAGCAGCGUAUCCGUGUCCUGGAAACUCGCUAGAAAACAGUCUCAACCUGACAUCUAACACCAUUUCCUCUUCAAAUAAGAACUCUCAUUUCAAGGUGAAUACAUGUAGCAGACUGUUUGUUGGACGGCUCCCGCCUUUAUGUACCGAGGAACAGCUUUCUGCUAUCUUUGGUGGGUAUGGUAACUUGCUAGAGGUGAAGGUGAUGCGCGAGGUCUCUGGACGGAGCAAGGGCAGCGCGUGGGUCCGCUAUGAAAACGAGGAAAUGGCGCGACGCGCAAUUGAGGCGCUGCAUGAGAAGUGGAUCUUUCCAACACAAACCAACGCCCUCCGCGUCCAGUUUGCCGUACCACCUAAGAAAGGAGGGACGCCCAUCACCUUCGCCAGCCCUCCUGCGUUGCCCUCCACGACGGCCUACCCCAUCGCGUCCUACCCCGCAACCGUGUAUGCUAGUCCGCAGCUGUUGGGCGAGCCCGCUCCGCUGUCCGUCGCACCAUUCCCACAGGGGCCGUUCUACGGCGAGCUGACGUCCUCGCCGGCGGCCUAUUAUGCCCCUCCCUCGACGGGCCCUACGGGUGCCGUGGGAAUUCCCCUCGGGGCAACCCCCAUGUGGUACGCCCAGGUGACGGCGCAACCGCCAGCGGUCACCAGCUACGCCUACCCCGCCGCACUCGGGGCCGUGCUCGUGAAACAAGGCGAGGGGUAUCUCCCUUUGCUUCAAUAUUGA